UAUAAAUGCUCGGUCUCAAUUGAUGGCGUCACGACUGGUUUUCAGUGAAAUGUCUUGGUCAGUUUUAUCAGACGAAGGUUUCCUAUAAUAAUCAGCUCAGACUUCCGGCAAGCGAAGACGAUUGGGUUGCCUAGGGGGUAGCAAGACUCGCUACAAUGGCGUCCCUACUACAUGCCCUGCUUCGAAUGACAAACUUCAAGAACCCGUUCUUGAGGACAUUCGUGCCGGCGGUCGGGCUCAUUUACGGCUUGCAAAUCGGUGUUGCGAUUCCCAGCAUCAUCGCUCAAUCCGAGCGUUUUUACGAUGUCUCGGGGUCCCUCACUUAUCUGGCUGCAACGGGGCUGAGCCUGUACCUGCCAGCCAUCCGCGCUCGCGCUGCCGCGGCGAGUGCUGGUAUGCCAGUUCCGCCGCUUCCGAGCCUGCUGGCCCCAUUCUCCAACCCCUCGGCAGUCCUCAACUGGCGCCAGGUCAUUCUCAGCGCCGCGGUCAGCGUCUGGGCCACGCGGUUGGGAUCGUACCUGUUCGAAAGGGUUCUCAAGGAGGGCAAGGACUCGCGCUUUGAUGAGAUCAAGAAGUCGCCUCCUAGGUUCCUGACCGCGUGGAUCGCACAGGGAACCUGGGUCACCCUCUGCACGCUACCAGUCCUCGCCAUCAACUCAGUCCCAUCUGCCGCCCUCCGCGCCGUCCCCGGCAGUGUGCGCGCCACCGAUGCAAUUGGCCUUUCGCUCUUCCUGCUUGGAUUCGGGUUUGAGGUGGUUGCCGAUAGGCAAAAGGCCAAGUGGGCUAGUGAGAAGAGGGCCAAGGUUCACGACGAGCAGUUCAUGACCCGCGGUCUGUGGACUGUGAGCCAAUACCCUAACUAUUUCGGUGAGAUCUCACUCUGGACCGGUAUUGCAACUGUUGCAGCUGGAGCUCUGCGAACUCAGCCUAUCCAGUCAGCGAUCGGGCUGGGCGGAGGUGUCGGAGGCAUUACUGCUGCUGCGGCAAUGUCGUAUAUCAGCCCUCUCUUCGCCUACCUGCUGCUGACCAAGGUCUCGGGAAUCCCAAUGAGCGAGAAGAAGUACGACAAGAAAUUCGGUGACAGGAAGGACUAUCAAGAGUGGAAGAAGAACACGCCCAGGCUGAUUCCCAAGCUGCUGUAAUUAAUGCUACCCGGAAACAAAAUCAUGCCUAUCAUGGUAUAGAGAAGACAAAAAAACACAACCCUAUAAAAAUGUGAAACAGUCUUUCCAAUCAACUCCGUUUCGCCCC